UUCGAGUUGUCACCUGACCCACGGGGUGGUCAGGCAGUGAGGUGGUGCUAGCUCGAUACUGUCCAAGUGUUGGAGUUCAGGUUUGAAUGUGCCCAGGACGCCAUGCUAGCUCAAUACUCAAUGAUUCUCUCUUGGUGCUGUCUUGCAGGCGGACUGUUGGAACAGUCUCCUUCAGACUCGGUCUCGAGAUUAAAAUCAGGGAUUCCCAGGGAUGGUGAUGAGCAUCGAGAACCACCUCAUCCCUUGCAACACCCACGCCAAGUGUUCACAGUUAAUGGGUGGCCCUGCAUGUUUCCUUUCCGAUUUGCAAGCAAACUGCAUCGUACCUGUAUACUGCACAGGAUGACAAAUAGAAAAUGGUGUGCCACCACACCCAACUUUGACAAGGAUGGACAAUGGGGUUAUUGUGAAGCGAUCCAGCCACUAACACAUGAUUAUUGUGGAAGCGACCCCUGCUGGCACAGGGCUGCCUGUAUCAAUAUUCCCCGUAACAACUCCUACCAGUGUAUCUGCACAGAGUCUUUCACAGGGAGGCACUGUGAGAAAGAGAAGUGCUUUGAAAGGCAGCACCUGAAAUAUUACGACAUUGGAGAGACGUGGAUGCGAAGUCUUCAUGGUGACGUUGAGAAAUGCAUUUGCACCGAGGGUGGGAUUCAUUCUGAAACUGUAAGAUCCAGAGCUUGCGGGACCAACCCAUGCCUUCACGGAGGGACCUGCCAUGAGGCGGAGGGCAGCGGUGAGAGUGUGUGUGAGUGCAGCCAGAAUCACGUUGGGGAGUUCUGUGAAAUAGAUUCUGCUGCUAACUGUUAUGAAAAUAAUGGGACCUCUUACAGAGGGACAGUGAAAAGGACAGCCUCAGGGAGCAACUGCCUGGCUUGGACAUCCAAUUUUAUAAGCCUGGAGUUUAACAUCAAAGAUGUGGAAGACCCCCUGCGCUUGGGUUUGGGAAAACACCCUUACUGCAGAAACUCAGACAAUGAACAGGAGCCAUGGUGUUACACACUGAUUGAUGAUCACAUCUCCUGGGAUUAUUGUGAUGUCCCACAGUGUCCAAAAGAAGAUCCCUGUUCUUCACAUCCCUGUAAAAAUGGAGGGACAUGCAUCAGAGAUCCUCUGCUCAACUCUUACUACUGUCGCUGCCAUGACCAAUUUGCAGGAGUGAACUGCCAGGAAGUGAAAUGCUUCGACAAUACCCACUACAGGUACUUCCUUAUUGGACAGAGCUGGAUCCGCAUCGUUGGAGACAAGGUGGAAAAUUGCGUGUGUACUGACAGUGGGCCUGAGUGUGACAACGUUCGACAUGAAGAGUGUAGAGUUAACCAGUGCCUCCAUGGUGGUGAGUGUCGAGCAGUCCAGGACACAGGGGAGAUCAUCUGCCGGUGCCAAGCUGUCUUUGCGGGCAAAUACUGUGAUAUUGACAAGAAUGCUAUCUGCUACAAGGACAAUGGGAUGUCUUAUAAAGGUCCUGAAGAUGAGAGCGCCUUGGGUAUCGAAUGCUUACCCUGGAAUGAGGACUUCUUGCGUGAGCGUUUGAACAUUAGUAGCCUGGAAGGAGCUCUCCAGCUGGGCCUAGGUGACCACUCCUACUGCAGAAAUCCAGAUGGUGAUGAAAAACCUUGGUGUUACAUAAUGUUAGACAACCACGUGUCCUGGGAGCACUGCAAUAUCGCAAAGUGUGGCACAACGAGUUUCUGGUCAAGGAAUGUUCAUCCUAUUGCAAGGUUUACAGCUCCAAUAGUUGCUCAACAAUCGCCCUCAUGUGGUAAAAAAAUUCAGAAGGGCCUAAGACCAAGGGUUAUUGGAGGCUCCUCGGCCUUGCCUGGCUCUCACCCCUGGCUUGCAGCUAUAUACAUCGGGAGAAACUUUUGCGCUGGAUCCCUUAUAGAUUCUUGUUGGGUUGUCUCUGCUGCCCAUUGCUUUGCUCACAGUCCCCUCAAGUCAUCAAUCCGAGUUGUGCUGGGACAACAUCACUUUAAUAAAACGAGCAAAAACACUCAGGUAUUCAAAGUCGAGAGAUACAUUUUACACAGCAAGUACAAUGUGUUUGACGAAACCAUACAUGACAUAGUCCUUCUAAAGCUGAAGAAGAAAACAAAACGCUGUGCGACCAAGACCAGAUUUGUUCAAACACUCUGCCUACCAUCUGCGACUGAUUCCUUCCCAGAUUGUACAGAGUGCCAAAUCGCUGGAUGGGGACACACCCAUGAAAAUGCAACGACAUAUCCGAGCACUUUGCAGGAAGCCACAGUCCGCCUCAUUCCCCAAGUAUUGUGCAGCAGCGAUUUUCUCUAUGGUAGUGAAGUGACACCGAAUAUGAUCUGCGCGGGAGAUUUGAUACAAGCUAUCGAUGCCUGUCAGGGAGAUUCUGGAGGCCCACUGGUUUGCUACAAAGGGGACACUGGAUAUUUGUAUGGGCUCGUCAGCUGGGGGGAAGGUUGCGCUAAGCUGGACAAGCCCGGAGUCUAUACAAGGGUUACCAAAUAUGUCAAUUGGAUCUACAGGAAAAUCAAACAUAGACCAAAAUACGACCGGAAAGGCUAAACUUGCAGGAAGAGGCAGUUCUUAAUUCAGAAGAAUGAUGAAUUCAAUCACUUUCUUCCUUCCGGUCGUGUGGCAACAACGAAUCUGGGAAAACCAUCUCUUGUUUUGAUUUAAUUAUUUGAAUCAGAAAAAAAAGUGAACGUUUGUGAGCUAAUUUUUGAUCUAGUUAUGGGUUGCCAACCCUCCAGGAUUGGCCUGGAGUCUUCAGGAAUUAAAAAAAAAUUCCGGGGCCAUUAAAAAAUAAAUUGUGUGUUUUGUUUA